AUGGAUCAACAGAAGUUGAAGUUACGGACGAACUUGAGAGACGAAGAAGACUUAAGCGAAGAAACAAAGACUCUCAUCUCUUCGCUUCCUUUAGAAGAAAGUUUCACAGGGAGAAAGCUUUGCAAGUACCAAGGAUGUUGGUACAUUCACCGCACUCUCCAAGGUGUCCUCAAUGUGAAGACAAGUUUCGAGCCUCAAGACACCGACAUCAUCGUCGCUUCGUUUCCUAAAUGCGGCACGACUUGGCUCAAGGCACUUACAUUUGCACUCGUUCGUAGAUCAAAACACCCUUUCAAUGAUCAACAUCAUCCUCUGCUCUCUAACAACCCACACAAUCUUGUACCGUACCUUGAGUUAAAUCUCUACUUCUUCAGCAAGAAACCAGACCUGACCGAGUUCUCAUUGUCCCCGAGGAUGUUCUCGACACACACGCCGUUUCACACCCUGCAAGAAGGUCUCAAAGAUUCACCUUGUAAGAUCGUGUAUGUGUCUAGGAACGUGAAAGACACUUUGGUUUCAUAUUGGCAUUUCGUUAGUACCAAGCAGAGGAAAGAUGAAGUAAAGAAAAGCAGUCUCGAGGAAACGUUUGAGUCUUUUUGCAGCGGAGUCCUAUUUUUGGGGCCUUUUUGGGACCACGUCCUAAGCUACUGGAGACGAAGCUUGGAAGAUCCCAAGCAUGUUCUUUUCAUGAGGUACGAGGAGAUGAAAGCAGAGCCUCGUGAGCAGAUCAAGAGACUUGCAGAGUUCUUGGGUUGUCCUUUCAGUGAGGAAGAAGAAGAGAGCGGAUCAGUGGAUGGGAUUAUAGACCUUUGCUCUCUGCGUAAUCUGAGCAGCUUGGAGAUCAAUAAGACUGGAAAAGUGGCUGGUGAUAGAGAUAACAAGGACUUUUUCGGUAAAGGAGAAGUCGGUGGUUGGAAGAAUCACCUGACUCCUGAAAUGGAGAACAAAAUCGACACGAUCAUCCAGGAGAAACUUCAUGGCUCCGGUUUGAAUUUCUGA